AUGCCACCAAAAACUAGCGGAAAAGCUGCCAAGAAAGCCGGAAAGGCUCAGAAAAACAUCUCUAAAACUGAUAAGAAGAAGAAGCGCAGGAGGAAGGAAAGCUACGCAAUCUACAUUUACAAAGUAUUGAAGCAAGUACAUCCUGAUACCGGUAUUUCCAGCAAAGCCAUGUCGAUUAUGAAUUCAUUCGUUAACGAUAUUUUUGAGAGGAUUGCUGCCGAAGCAUCUCGUCUGGCUCACUACAACAAAAGAUCUACCAUCACAAGUAGGGAGAUUCAAACCGCUGUGAGACUUUUGUUGCCUGGUGAAUUAGCUAAGCACGCUGUAUCCGAAGGUACCAAAGCUGUUACCAAGUAUACAAGCUCGAAGUAAAUCGACUUUAUUUGUUGUUUUACUUUUUAUCAUCUAAACGGCUCUUUUCAGA